AUGAGUAAAGAAGUAUUGGAGCUAUAAGAAGCAUUAGAAUAUUAAGUGGAUGUGGUAUUAAGACUAGAAGAUGAGCGACUGUUACUAUAAAAAGAGAAUAAUUUAUAGAAGUAAUGUGGAUAUUUAAAUCUUAGGGAAAAGUUGAAAGAAUUGAAUACAAUGUUGCAAAAGUAUCUUGGAUAACAGUUUCUAUAAAUUGAAAAACACACCCAAACUGAAUUACAAGAAAGAUAACAUUUUGAGGUACAAACGCAAGAAGAUGAAAUCAUCUCUGAUUAUUCAUUAAGCAAUUCCACUGUUUCAGUUGUUAAUUAAACAUCCCUUAGUUAAUAACAGGGUUAAUCAAAUUCUUCCAAAUUAUUGGAUCAAGCAAAAUCCUUAGUCAAGUAAUCUGCUUCAAGACUCCCUGUAAAAAAAUUAAAAUUUUGUGGGGAUAACUAUAAAGAGAAUAAGGAUAAGGACAAUCAAGAAAAAAAAGAAACAAAACCAACAAAUACAAAAUAGGUAGAUUCAUAAAGUGAAGCAUUAACUAGAGAAAUUGUUAAUUUAACUAAGUAAUUACAAUAAUUAAAAUUACAACAAAGAAGUUCAUAAGAAACAAUUAAGAAAUAUGAGAAGGAGACUGGUGAAGUAGUAAAAUUAUUGGAGGUGAAAAAUGAAAUGUUAAAUAAAUUAAGAAAUGAAAAUGCUGAAAUGGCAAUUAUAAUAAAUUAAGAUAAAUUUAAGAGCGUUCGCUAAUUAGAUUUGGAAUUGAAAAAAGAGAGAGACGAUAAAGUCAAAUAUUAAGCAAUGGCUUCCUAAAAAACAGAGGAAAAUUAGCGUUUAGUUGAAGAACUUAAAUAAUUUAGGGAGGUUCUAUCAAAAUUAACAGACGAAUUUGAAAGAUAUAGAAACACGCAUAAUCAAAGCAACAUAAGUCAGUCUAAAAUAGAACCAGUUGAUACUUCAUUUUAUUAAGAAGAAAUAAAAAUAAAAGUUUCGACUAUCAAUGAAUUAAAGCUAUAAAAUGAUUAAUUAUAGGAAGAAGUAGAUUAUUUCAGGAACUUAAGUUUAUAAUAAAAAAAGAUAACUGAAAAAUAAGAGGAAGACUUAGACUUUUAUAGAGAGAUACUAAUUAAACAUAAAAUCAUUAAAUAAUGA